UCGCAACGUAUUCAGCCAUAUCAAUAACAACUCUCACAGAACACGAGUACAUAUUUUGUUCAGUGGUAGCACUUCUGUUAUUUUUCGGUCUGCUAAUCUCAUCGAUUAAGAGCGAUCAAGAUCAAAUUUCAGCUAUAUAUGAUGAGGAGCGAAGUAGAAGACAGAGAAUAAUAAAAAGUCAAAGCAUAAUAAAAGAAAUAAAGGAAGAGAUGAGAAGAAGAGAAAAGAAUGAGAUGGCUUUAUUAGUACGUAUUGGGCAUCGUCUGUUUUCUUACAAAGAGCGAGUUGAAGAUCAUUUUGGGCAAUCACACAACAGUUAUGGAGAUUCGUCUGAUGAAGUACGGAUUAUGAUUAAUAGUUAUGGAGAUUCGUCCGAUGAAGUACGGAUGAUGAUUACAGACCUUGACAAUAUGCAAAAUGAACUUCAGAUGUCUUCUAAACUUGAUGAAUUCAGAUGUUAUCAAUUGCAACCAUUCCAUCACAUAAACGAAAAGGUGAGAUGCUGGAUGUCUGCUUACAAAUGGGAAAUAUUGAAGCUUCAAUUGCAAAGCUUAAAUAACGAACUCUGGAAAAGUUGUGUGCUUUUUCUCAAACACCAAGCAGAGCAAUUUCCUAAUGAAUUUUCAUCUGAUGAAGUCCAGAUGUUUGGUGCAGAUUUGGAAACAAGUAGAUAUAACAAUUUACAAAAUCAAGUAGAAAUAUUGGAAAGCAUUAUAAAAGAUCUGCCCUUCAUAAGUAUUUCAGAGCAUCAUGUUGAUGAUGGUGGUACAUGCCCAAUAUGCAGUGAAGAUUUUGUAUUGGGAGAAGAGGCGAUUGAGAUGCCUUGCCAUCCCACCCACAUAUUCCACUCUCACUGUAUAAAACCAUGGCUGCAGGAGCACUACACUUGUCCCAACUGCAGGAUGUUUUAAUUGGUCGAAACAGGUUAAAUAUAUAGGUAUAAGAAUAAAGUGUAUCUAUAGAAUUUUUUUUU